AUGGCUGGUAAUAGAAUAAAUACAAAGACAAAAGGGAAGGAUGAAAAAUCAAAAGUAAAUAAGGGUACUAAUCAGGCUCAAGAAGAAUCAGAGGACUUAGAUUAUACUCUACUCAGAAAGCCUAUACUGACAAGUAUAACAGGGUUUGCUCAGGCAAGAAAGAUAUUUGAUGUAGCUACUGAAGAGCUCAAAAAUCUUCUAUCCACUGAGUGUGAUCUAUUAUAUGAAUGUAAAGUAUGCCGAAAUUUGUUUAGAAGCUUAGCUAAUUUUAUAUCUCAUAAACGUAUAUACUGUAGGGAAAAGUUUAACUCAUCCAUACAUAGUCACUUUAUAAAACCACCAUCUACUGAAAAUGAAAUAUGUAAAAUAAAACGAUUGGAAGAGGAAUAUCAAGAAUCGUUAAAAGAAAAGGAUAGUUCUGUGUGUGUUGAUACAGAAGUCUCUGAUGAUCGUAUACCACUUACAAAAGAUUUAACAGCCAUUAUUGAAAAAAUUGCUAGGAAUAGAGGAAUUAAAGAUGGAGCAAAAGAAGAUUGUGAAAUAUUGUUACAGGAUAUUCCAAAGACUUCUGUUGCUGUGUUUCAAAAUGUAAAUUACAAUAAAGAUACAAAUUGUGAUAUCCGUUCUCAAGUAAAAGAAUUAGAUAGUAUACUAUCACAGAAUAAUGCUAUUCUACAAAGUGAUGGCAGGUUCAAGAUACUAAACUCAAUAGGGCUAAACAAAUCUACCUCAGAACAAGAUAAUGUCAUCCAAAUUAGUGAUGAUGAUGAAAAUGAUGACAACAAUGACCUUAAAUGUAAAAUAUGUGACCUUCAAUUUUCGACAACAAAAACUUUGAGAUUUCACAUGAAAUACAAACACUUAGAAAGCCGUUUAGUUUACCCGUGCCCUGAUUGCUUGGAAAUAUUCUCUACAUCAUGGAGUGUUUACAGACACCUCUUUAAAGUUCAUAGGAAAACUGCAGCCCAAAUUAGAAGAUUAAGAGAGUCUAUACAAGCAAAAGCAUUUAGAAUGAAUAACCCACCUGCUUUCUAUGAAAAACGCAAAAAUAAUGUAAAACCAGUAACACCACCAAAGAUCUCCGAAGAAGAAAGAUUGGAUCAAGAAAACCAGGCUUGGAUGGACAAUAUGGAAGGUGACGGGGAACUUCCCCGGUGCGGCGGUUGCGGGCGAACGUUUGAAAGGCGCGCCGCACUCGCGGCUCACACCCACACCUGUCAGCCUCGCUCACGAGCACUUGCUCGCCGCGCCGACACUAAGAAAAUUGAAAUACAGAUCCGAAAAGACUAUCAUAAAGGGCCACCUACUGCUAUAAACAUCCCAGUCAAAACUACUGAUGAUAAUGCCAAUAAACUUGUUGCUGAAGACGCCUCACCUUUACCAAAGGCAUUAAAGGAAUCGCAGAAUGAAGUCGAAACGAAUUCGCAGCCCUUGCUUAAUAGCAAUAACUAUACAAUUCCCACGCCUAAUGAAAACGUAAACACGGAAAAUAAAAUAUAUAAUAAUGUAGAAAACUUUGUACCCAAAUUGCCAUUCGCGCAACAGGCCGAAAAAAGUAAUUUAGCCGCGUUAAAAGUCAGAAUUCAGCGAGAUACUGAUUUAGAUGAACUUGUUUGUAGAAAAUGUGAUGUCAAACACAAUGAGUUACAAGAUUUGUAUGAUCAUAUGGCUGGCCAUUAUAACUGGAUACGAUAUGCUUGUAAAUUAUGCAAUUUUAAACAUUACAACUUUGAGAAAUUACCGGAACAUGUAAAAGUAGUCCAUAAGUUGAGGGGUGAUUCAGAUUUUUUUUGUACUACCAUUAAAGCGGUUGAUGGAACUGAAGCCUUAGAGCUAUGCGAACAAGCUGAUGAUGCAAAUGAGAAUAGCCCUGAUUCAAGACGUCCUAGUAGAUGUUCUAGUGACUCUAGUCGUUUGUCGGAUGAUAGUUCAUCAAGUAGUACGCGUGUUGAAGUAGGAGCAAAGAAACGUAAAAUGAAUACCAGUAGAACCAUUGCUAAGAAAAAGAAAGAAGCUGUUGUUGUAAACGAUGAAAAUGAAGAUCAGAAAUGUAACGAAGUAUAUAAAGAUAAAGAUAACGUCAAUGAAAAUGAACUACCUUCAAAUGCUAAAGUUUUUGAAGAAAAUUCGUCAGAUGUGGAUGAAAUAGAUGACAAAGUAGCAAAAAAACAUAUAAUUGAAGAAAAUAAAUCAAUGUCUAACCGUAGACCAAUCCGAAAAAGGACUAGACCUAAAAAUGAAGACUUCGAAUAUGACUUAUCCAAUUUGCUAAAGAUGGAAGCGCAAGGUUAUAGAGAUUCACAGUCAGCGACUAAUACAAAGUCUUAUCAAAGCAAAAAGAAAGUUCCAGUAGAAAUUCAAAAUAGUUACGAAAUUGCAAACAAAGAUUGUUGUGGAGCACUGGCUACAUUAUCUAAAAAAGCCGUCGAAAAUUCCGUAGCGCAUAUGAAAGUUUUAAGUUUUUGCGAAGCUGUAGCAUCAAAGGAGCAACGCGCAACAAAUAUUUUUGUUCGACCAUUGCUACCGAAAGUUUUAAAAGCAGAUAAAAUAUCGCCUAAAAAGGAAGUCAGUGAAGACAUGAAAGAAACAACAAUUUCAAAUAAAAAGUCGACUGAAUCCAAGAUAAGCCCAAAUAAAAAUGCAAAAACUGAUGAAACAUUACCCGAUCCAUCCCCUAAGCCUAUUGAUGAUGCACCAAAAACUGUUUUAAGUGAAGAUAAAAAUAAACAAAUGCCUGCCAAUACUACAUGCGAAACAAUUAAAACCAAUGUUAAUAUUCCAGCAGUCGUUCCUUUUAAAUUUCGCCGUCAAAGCUUAGAAGUUAUGAAGAAUCCACUUAUAAAUAAAAACAUAAAAGAUUUAAGUAAAGCCGGAAUGAAAACAAAAAUUCUUGUUAUUAAGCCUAUCAACAGGAACAAGGAUGGCAUACAAACUAUUAAAACUCCGUUAAAAUUUCAAACAAUUAAACUGAAAGAUCCAAAUAGGGGCAAUUCCUCAAAUGAUGAGAAACCUUCUGAUCAUGUUGUUGUUGUACAAGUACCUAAAGUAGAAUGCUCAAUAGCACACCCUUCACCAAAAUUAUGUAAUACAAAUGACGCGGAAAAACUAGAUAACUCUAAGAGAGACCCAAUGGAUGAUAGUGGUAACAAAAAUAAUGAAAAAAAUAGUGAAAUGCCUGUAGAAAUUAACAAAAUUUCCAGCUCUGAGGAAUGUAAUAAUGUAACUGAACCUGUAAGUCAUAAUCCAGAAUGUAUUAGUUGUGAUAAGGAACCGUCUGUUGAUACAGAAAGUUCUGUAAAUUAG